AUGAGAGAGAGAAUUAUAAAGCUUCUUUCAAAUGAAUAUGAUUUCAGUGUAGAUCGAUUGAACUUGCUCGAAGGUGGUUUUCGCCCAGAUGAAACAUAUCUACUAAUUACUACUGAUCAAGUUAAAUAUGUUGUUAAAUAUAUUGAAUAUUCUCAUAGUCUUGAGCAUCUCCAAUCAAUCUUGCAAUUUGAAAAGCUGUUACAUGAUUCGUAUGAAUAUCUAUGCCCUCAAAUAAUUCUUUCCAGCAAACAACAACUUGUUAUUCGUGAUGAUAAUCGUUUUCUUUUUAUUCAAACAUUUAUUGAAGGAGUAGAGCCAACAAGAGAAAUACUUGAUAAAGAUGAUAUUUAUUUACAUAAGAUGGGGCAUCUUUUAGCACAAUGGAGAAUUGCUUCUCGCGAAUAUUCAUCAAGUAUUCAAAUAGAAGAAGAAGAUCGGGAAUUAACAGAUCAAUGGUGGAAAAAACAAACAAUACAGAAUGUUGAUCCAUUUCUUUUGUCGAAUUUUCUGGAAUGUAAAAAAUAUUUAAUCAAUCUAAAAGCAAAUUUUGAGCGUGGUCUUAUUCACAAUGAUUUUCAUGCAAAUAAUUCAAUUAUGACAAAUGAUGGAAACAUUUUUAUUAUUGAUUUUGUUGAUGCAUGCCAAUCGGUAUUUGUGGCUGAUUUAGCAACAUCUCUCUUUCAUUUAUUAGUUGAUCAACAAAACGGAGAACAUCGAGCGCAAGCAUUUUUACAAGGGUAUCAACAAACUACACCAUUGAUAAAAGAAGAAAUUAAUGCUCUCGAUAUGUUUGUACGAUUUAAAUUGACUUUGUCUAUUAUUGAAGAUUUACGCGAUUCGAACGAUACUGAUCAUCCGUUCAUUCAAUCAUGCUUUCAUUUACUGCAUAAACUCAAUAAUCAUUCUACUCUAGUGAAGAACUUAUGUUUGCAACACUAUUUUUGA